GUGACCCGUCUUCGGCAAGCGCGACUCAGGAUCGAAUCGAGAGGCGGAGGCCGUCGCCACCGGAGAUCCCAAAUCGGCGUCGUCGUCGCCGCCGCAUCUUCCUCCAGCCCUCAAUCGGAGCGCACGAUGGCGAUGCUCCGAUCUUCUGCUUCUGUUGGGCUCGCUCUCCGGCAGUCGGCUCCGGCCGCUCGCUUCUGCGGCAAGGUUGGCCGCCGGAACCCUGCGUCCAACCUCACCACGACGCGCAAUUAUGACAAUUAUGACACUAGCAAGAUGUGUGAAUUCAGCAAGGAAGACUUUGCCGGCGGCACCGUUAUGGACUUUAUGAUUGGUACCUUUGCCUGUGGCAUAGCGCUUGUGUUUAGGCACUAUACAACUCCUCCCUACGAAAAGGGAUCGAAGUACAAUACGGCAAGCUGUGAGAUAAAAUCCACUUCUGAUACUUGUCAGCACGGACAACAUGGACGAGAGAAAACGGAAUAAGGGAGCAGCAUAUCUUGAAGAAAGAGCAUGCCUAGCUAAUCUAUGUCCUACCUGUAUAAGUUCUUGGCGGCGAGAUCUACCAUUUAGUCUGCUUCAUUGUAUUAUACGCAUGAGAAGAUUCCUAAUGAAGAGAAUGAAGUCCAUUAUGGCCUUGUCAACUUUGUGUAUCUUCGACUAUGCCCUCUACUCUAUAGAUAUGACAAAAUAUGUAAUAAAGUGAAGAUUGAUUGAUCCA